AUGUCAUUCUUCAACGUCCUCCUCCUCGUCAUGCUCCUCUCCGCAAGCUCCCUCCUCGCCCUCCGCCCCUCCGAAGCCGACCUGCCGAGUCUCCAUGUCCCGGGCCAUUGGGGCAACGACACAAAGGGCGACGAGGUGCACUGGCUCCCGGGCGAGCCUGCGCCGAUAAACGAUGUGGUGUUUUCGUGGUGUCGGAAGGGCGCGGUUGGGUGUCAGAGGGCACCGCUCAAGCAUGGGCGGUGCUUCACUAACAAAAACGUCUUGAAGGAACUACGACUGCAGCGGCGAACACACAGCCAUGUUCACGGGGAGAAGCCACUGGACAAAGACCAUCUGCGCCAACAGCAAGAACAGCAGGGUCGAGUGGAAUCGGCAGGCGAGCGCGGUGCGGUGCUGCGCUGGCGGGCCGGAGAGGAGGUGGUGUAA